AUGCUAUGCUGCCUUAUUGAUAAUCUGAGCUUGUUGCUACCCGGAUUUCGCUUCCACCUCACUAAUGAAGAGUUGGUUUUGCAUUACAUAAGCCCCAAAGUUCUCAACUUCCCUUUGGUAGCUUUCGUCAUCCUUGAGAUUGACAAUAUUUGCAAAUAUGAUCCUUGGGAUUUGCCAAGCACACUUUAUGGAGAGAGGAACUUCUUCAACACUAGAGAGGUGAAAAACGACCGUGGGAACCGGUUUAGCAGAGCCAUUGGUAAAGACAAGAAAAUUACCAUUUCUGGUGUGCUGCAACGACUCAUUGGAAUGAAGAAAACUCUUGUGUUUUACAAAGGAAAGCCUUCAAAUGGUUCUAGAACUAAUUGGACCAUGCACAAGUAUUGCAUCUCCGUUGCACGUCAGCCCUAG